AGGAUGCCCCUGCGGCUGCUGCUUCUGCUGCUGUGGCUGUGGGGACUUCCACUCCAGAGGGCGGAGACAGACCCUGAGGGGCAGACGACGGGGGACCUGUACCAGCGCUGGGAGCGCUACAGUCAGGAAUGCCAAGAGACCUUGGAGGCCACAGAACCUCCCUCAGGCCUGGCUUGUAACGGUUCCUUCGAUAUGUAUGUCUGCUGGUACUACACGGCCGCCAACACCACUGCCCAGGUGUCUUGCCCCUGGUAUCUGCCCUGGUACCGUCAGGUGGCUGCAGGCUUCGUCUUCCGCCAGUGUGGCAGCGAUGGCCAGUGGGAAUCUUGGAGAGACCACACUCAGUGUGAGAAUCCAGAGAAGAACGGGGCCUUUCAGGACCAGAAGCUGAUCUUGGAGCGCCUGCAGGUUGUGUAUACAGUGGGCUACUCCCUGUCCCUGGCCACUCUGCUGCUCGCCCUGCUCAUCUUAAGUUUGUUCAGGCGGCUGCACUGCACUCGUAAUUACAUUCACAUGAACCUGUUCACGUCUUUCGUGCUGCGGGCAGCAGCCAUCCUCACGCGAGACCAGCUGCUGCCUUCACUGGAUCCCUAUACUGGGGACCAGAGCCCUGCGCUGUGGAACCAGGCCCUAGCUGCCUGCCGCACCGUCCAGAUCAUGACCCAGUACUGUGUGGGAGCCAAUUACACCUGGCUGCUGGUGGAGGGUGUGUAUCUGUACCAUCUGCUGGUGAUCGUGGGACGCUCAAAAAAGGGACACUUCCGCUGCUACCUGCUUCUUGGCUGGGGGGCCCCCGCGCUUUUCGUCAUCCCCUGGGUGAUCGUCAGGUACCUGUACGAGAACACGCAGUGCUGGGAGCGCAACGAAGUCAAAGCCGUUUGGUGGAUCAUUCGCACUCCCAUCCUAAUAACCAUCUUGGUCAAUUUCCUCAUCUUCAUUCGUAUCCUUGGCGUCCUUGUUUCAAAGCUGAGGACACGGCAGAUGCGUUGCCCCGACUACCGACUAAGGCUGGCUCGCUCCACGCUGACACUGGUGCCCCUGCUGGGCGUCCACGAGGUGGUGUUUGCGCCCGUGACGGAGGAACAGGCUGAAGGCUCCCUGCGCUUCGCCAAACUGGCCUUUGAAAUCUUCCUAAGUUCCUUCCAGGGUUUCCUGGUGAGCGUGCUCUACUGCUUCAUCAACAAAGAGGUGCAGUCGGAGAUCCGCCAGGGCUGGCGCCACCGCCGCCUGCGUCUCAGCCUUCAGGAGCAGCGUCCACGUCCGCACCUGGAGCACGCCCCCCGGGCCGUGCCUUUGGACUCUGCACCCCGGGAAGCUGCCAUCGGCAACGCCUUGCCCUCUGGGAUGCUGCCCGUGCCUGGAGAUGAGGUCUUGGAAAGUUACUGCUAG